AUGGCUUCCGAGAGCCAGACUGUGCUUAUCUCUGGUUGUUCAUCGGGAAUUGGCCUAGAGCUUGCUGUGCAGCUGGCUCAGGACCCUAAGAAGCGCUACCAGGUGGUGGCCACCAUGAGAGACCUGAGGAAGAAGGAGACAUUGGAGGCAGCUGCUGGAAAGGCUCUGGGAAAGACCCUUAGUGUGGAGCAGCUGGACGUGUGCAGUGAUGAGUCAGUGGCCCAGUGUCUCAGCCACAUCCAGGGAGGACAAGUGGACGUGCUGGUGAACAAUGCUGGAGUCGGCCUGGUGGGGCCCCUGGAGGGGCUCAGUAUAGCUACCAUGCAAAAUGUCUUUGACACCAACUUUUUCGGAGCUGUUCGUCUGGUCAAAGCAGUGCUUCCAGGCAUGAAGAGGAGGCGAAGGGGCCACAUCGUGGUGGUCAGCAGUGUUAUGGGGCUUCAGGGUGUCAUAUUCAAUGACGUCUACGCAGCCUCCAAGUUUGCCUUGGAAGGAUUCUUCGAGAGUCUCGCUAUCCAACUGCGGCAAUUCAAUAUCUUCAUCUCCCUGGUGGAGCCCGGCCCUGUGGCCACUGAAUUUGAGGGCAAGCUCUUGAAUCAGAGUGCCCUGGCUGAGUUUCCAGGCACCGACCCCGACACCCUGAGCUACUUCCGGGACUUGUACCUCCCGCUCUCCGGCGAGCUCUUCCGCUCUGUGGGGCAGAGUCCCUACGAUGUGGCCCAGGUCAUUGCCAAGGUCAUCAGUUCGACCAGACCCCCCCUGCGCACACAGACCAAUGCCCGCUACCUCCCGCUGUCAGCACUAAAAACCUUGAGCCCGUCGGGCAGCCUGUACGUGAGAACCACGCACCGACUCCUCUUCCACUGGCCACGCCUCCUCAGCCUGGGCCUUCGGUGCCUGUCCUGUGGCUGCCUCCCCAAGCGGGUGUGGCCGGGAUGA